GCUAAUAAUUUAAGAUGAGGCACAUAAGAAUUUGGGCAAGAAUAUUAAGUGAAGCUUACCUCACCCCACCCCCCCUUUUUUUAGUCUUUUCAUUACUUAUUACAUUGUGGAACAUAAGGUGAGGCCCAUACGUAUUUGGGCAUUAAAAAAUAAAGCUCAAAGUGUUCCCCUUUUUCUCCAUUUAUGAAUUUGUGUUAUUAUUUGUGUGCAACUCAGGUGUAUUUCUUAUUCAUAUUUAUUUUUUGUACUAUGUGAUGGGCGCAGAAUCACCUGAAGAUGGCAAGUCCUCCCGUUGUUCGUGUAGUGAACCCAGAAGCCCCUCUGCACCGUCAGCAGGCAGUCCUGGUAGCAUCUAAAGAGGCCCGGACUUUUCGUGAGAGAAGGCUGACUUUUCCACGACCUCCACAGGAACGUCUGAUCCAGGCCACUGCCCUGGCCCAUGCAGAGAAGCUCCUAAGAGCAGAAGGCAUCCCUGCACCAUCACAGCAGCAGUGCCUGGGGAAACUGGUGCUGCCUUUUGGCCAGUACCUUAAUGCCACUUUCCGCUGGCUUGUGGAAAAUGAUGUGGGCUACAUGAAAUACAUACUUGACAAGCACAGGACAGAGAUGGCAUGUUCACAGUGAAAGACAGAGGCAGUAAACCAGUGGGUGAAGGACUACCUGACAGCGUACGCAGAGAGCUUCCCUCAAGUCUCCAUUGUUCUGGAGGCCAACAUAGAUCGGUGUAUCUAUGGCCAGAGAGGCUUUGAGGAUCGUACCUUUCAGGAGAUGUGGGAACUUUACUGCCAGUACUCCGCCCAGAAAGACAGGCCUGAACGGUUCUCGGAGGCUGACAAGAAUAUAAUUGUGAAGGCACAAAGUUCUGUGAGGAGGUAGCUGAACACACCCUUAACUCACAUUACAAGCGUGCAAAUGAAGCGUUUCAAGAAAUACAUCACUGACAAACAGAAAGAGCAACAGGAAAGAAAACCCCAAUUUGAUUCAGAAUGGUCAGGUGAUGAAGCACAACUGCUAGCUGAAAGCCAACGCCUGGAAGAAAUUGUCACAUCACAGGUUUCCCACUCCAUAGAAGAGCUACACCAGCCCGAGACUGCUCCCAAGAAAUGCGACCACUCUCCAGCCAAGACACACCAGCCCAAGACUUCUCCCAAGAAGCGCGACCACUCUCCAGCCAAGACACACCAGCCCAAGACUGCUCCCAAGAAGCGUGACCACUCUCCAGCCAAGACACACCAGCCCAAGACUGCUCCCAAGAAGCGCGACCACUCUCCAGCCAAGACACACCAGCCCAAGACUGCUCCCAAGAAACGCGACCACUCUCCAGCCAAGACACACCAGCCCAAGACUGUUCCCAAGAAACAUGACCACUCUCCAGCCAAGACACACCAGCCUGAGCCUGCUCCCAAGAAGCGCGACCACUCUCCAGCCAAGACACACCAGCCCGAGACUGCUCCCAAGAAGCGCGACCACUCUCCAGCCAAGACACACCAGCCCAAGACUGCCCCCAAGAAACACGACCACUCUCCAGCCAAGACACACCAGCCCGAGACUGCUGCGCAGUCAAAACAUCACAAACACCACAGGGCUGCUGUCCGGCCACAACAGCAGAGUUCCGCAAACCAGCCCACACAGUCUCUGUCCACGUCCCAGGGUCAGGAUCAUCACAUGGAAUCGGCUCUCACUGAUUCCUCUGUGGAGUUAGAAGGUUGGGUGCGUUCGUGGGAAAACCCCAAUGGCAUCCCAUCUGCUGACCUGUCCUGGAUCAAAGAGGACACUGAAAGAGGGCUCUUUGGCCCUAUUCAAACCUACAAGGGCAACACUGGUGUGUUGAAGAGGCGACGGGUAAUGAAGUCAGAUCGCAUGUGGUUUUACCCACCAGAACCUCAAGGAUAUGCUACUGGUGGCGUGCCAACUCCACAUCUAUUUUUCCGGAGCCGUAUCUUUGUGUGGCGUCCUGUUGGGGUGUGGCGGUGCUCUCUGAAGUGUCCUCGGGGUGAUAAGUGUGUGGGUGCAGGACAGAGUGUGCAUCUGUACAAGUCCGGCUACCACCACCGGGUACGUCACAUCUGUGAUGUUUCGGGUUGGUACACUAUGAUCACAAAGGUCCUGUGCUGUGGACCAUGCACAAAGGCAGCCAGGAGCGGAGAAGGUGGAACAGUGGCUCAGUGGCAUGCGUGGGACGCUGAGAUCUUGUCACAACUUAGCGAGGCCCACCAAGCUAUGUUCCCUGCCAUCCUCACCAGCAAGCGUGGUGUGGAUAGGAAUGUUGUGCGGCUUCUGAGGGGCCGGACCGAGGGGAACACUAUGGUCAAAGUGAGGCGGCAGAUACAGGAGAACCACAUGGAGGAGUACCUUCAUCAUAAGGACCUUUACACCACACUCCUCAAGUCUCUAAUGAAACCUGGAGGAAUUGUGUCUGCAUUAGGGCACGCAUGCCAGCCCCCGCCUCCUCUGAGAGAACUUCCGUCUGCGUGGCUUUUGCGCCACGCUUUCCUACUGGCAGAGGCCAGUCAUGUCCAGGACUACAGGAGCCAGAUCCUGUCAACCUUUGGCACUGUCUUGAAAAUGGAUUCCACCAAAAAAGUGGUGAAGAAGCUCUCUGGGGAAGGUGAAGGGUCAGCCGAGUGGUUCACCAGUAUCGGAAAUGAGUUUUCCCAAAUAGUAACAUUUGUGCUGACCUGCGAGGAGUCCACCGAUAAGCUGGAACCUAUGUGCCGUGGACUCGUGCAAAGGUUUCAGACAGCCAAUCAACCCACACCAAAAAUCCUCUACGUGGCCCACGGGUGUUGCCGUGCACAAUGUCCCACAGCAGUGGAGACUUUGUUCCAGCCUUGGGUGGACAAUGGGAUGGUUGUGCGUCUGGACAUAUUCCACUGGAUCCACCGGUUUGACACAGCCAUCCGCACAGAGUCUCACUCCAGAUAUGCUGCGUUCAAGUCUGCACUAGCUGGGGCAGUACUGGCUUACAACCGCAAAGACCUGGAUCGCCUCAUUGAGGCCAUCAGAGCAAAAGACCAGGCAGCGCUGCAGUCUCUGUCUGAUGAGGAUGUCGUCCGCCGCUCCAUCUCCAAUCAAUCAAUCAAUUUUUUUAUAUAGCGCCAAAUCACAACAAACAGUUGCCC